AUGCCUUACAUGUACUCACCGAUGCAAUACAAGACGGUCCCGCUUAGUCGGGACUUUAUCCCAAGCCUCGGGGAGGCAAAGCAACAGGUGCUCUGGAUCGGCUGCUCAGACAGCAGCUAUGAAGAGAUCACCACACUUGAUCUUUUGCCAGACGAGACCAUUGUCUUGAGGGAUAUUGGAAAUAUGUUCCUCGAUAACGAUCUCACUUGUUUGAGCGAGCUACACAAGCUCAACGCCCUGCGUUCGGCCACGGAGGGGCAGUUAGGUAGCUCACCGGUAGACGAGCGUGAUGGGCACUUUGUGGAGCUCAAUGUCCUAGCCCAGGUGCGGGCCUUGCAGAAGUUUCCCCAGGUUGGCGCUGCCAUCGCCAGCCGGGGUCUCAAGGUCCACGGGCUGGUCUACAACAGGAGCAAGAACGAGGCCGUCAGGCUAGUCGAGGCGCAGGAGGCCUAA